UUCAUCUGGUCGCCAGACUGGACGCACCAUCUUACGCUCCGGGAAUGGGAACUAAACUGGGUUCAAAGAAAAACUUCGAGUUCUUUCGAGUUUAUGCUCUCCAGAAGCUACUUUUCAAACUUCAGGGGUAGUUGUUACUGCAGGUGCAGGGGAACAGCACAACAGUCACCGUUCUGUGGCUUCUCAGCUGCACUGAGGAAGGUUUAGACGCUAGAAAUUAGUGUAACUUAAAGGAGUGGGCUCUCUUGCAAUUAAUGACAGAGAAUUCAUUCGCUAACAGCCCACAGUUGCUUUAACCGAGGCGUGCGUAAAGUAUUGGUGCGUAAAAGUUGGAGCUGUUGCGCACGGUUCAAGUUGAGGUAAAGUGGAGAAAGUCACGCGAAAUAGUAAACAGUGAGAUUUUUUAUAAAACUGUGAAAAGUUUUAGAAGCUUGACAGCCAUGGCGAAAUGGUUCAGAGAUUUUCCCAUCAACCUGAAGAACGGAAACGAAAGGGUCCGCUCGGCCUCAGAAUCUGGGCCACAAACUCGACCCAAACCUUCGUUUUCACGCGACAGUCUGAAGGGAAAUCAGCGCAAAGACGGAGGGGUGGGGGGCUUACUAGCAGGAAGAAACAGGAAAAAUUCUGCCACAGAAUUGGGUCGUAAUAAUACUGGUCCUACUGGGACAAUGUGGGAGACCCUCGCAACUGGUAAAGGUCGCAAGAACUCAAAAGUCGAGACCGGGGCAUCAGAUGAGAAUCGCCAGGUCAGGACCUCCAGUUUGGCCCAAGCGUACAUCAGCAGGAUGAUCAAGGUGGACAAACAAGACAAAACACCCAAACUCAAUGGGAUAACUGAGCAGAAACUACCAGAGAACGACAAGGGAAGGCCGAACAUUAAAACAACGCUGAUCAUCCUGGAGGACUAUGCUGAUCCGUUUGAUGCAGAGAAAACAAAGGAGCAGAGAGAGGCCGAGAGAGCAGGAGUGAAUGAUGGGUACAUGGAGCCCUAUGAUGCCCAGGUCAUCAUCACAGAGGUUCGCAGACGGGGCUCCAAGGACCUUCUAAAAGUUUGUGUCCUGCUGGAUCGAGGCCAGAGAGAAGGGAAAGGAGAAGAGAAAAAUCCCACACCCCUAAACAUAUAUGACACACCCUACGAAGGUGCGCUGGAAGGAGACAGUGGGGGGGUGUGGAUCCCUGUCACACGGCCUGAGUCUGACAUCCGUCCCGCCGGAGAGUACGAACUACCCUGGGAAUGGAGAAAGGAGGACAUUGUUCGAGCGCUGUCAGCUCAGUUUGAGGCAGUGGAUUGCUCUCUCAGUAAAGAGAACGGUUCCACAUCCACCCGCCAGCAGCAGCAGCAGCAGCAGCAGCAGCAACAAACCCUGAGACAGAAGAACUGGAACAAUAAAACACUCAUACCUUCAUCGCCAUCGUCCUCCUCUUCCUCCUCUUCUUUUCCUUCUUCUCCCAUCCUCAAACUCUCCCCUCUUUCACCUCCAUCUCCUUCUUUCCCUACCCUCAAACUCUCCCCCUCUUCUAGUCCCAACAACAAACUGUCCCCUCCGUCCCCCACCUCCCCCAGCGCCCCGCAGGAUGGGGAAGUAGCUAAAGUGGAGCCUGGCCUGCCGCUGGAGAAGCAGAGCUGGUACCAUGGCAGUGUGAGUCGGCAGCAGGCUGAGGCUCAGCUGCAGCGCUGCAGGGAAGCCAGCUUCCUGGUGAGAGACAGCGAAUCAGGAACCAGCAAGUACUCCAUCGCUCUGAAGACCAGCCAGAGUUGUGUGCACAUCAUCGUAGCCCAGACUAAGAGUGUUAAAGGCUUGGGCUUCACCCUGGAUCAGAGUAGCUGCGUGUUCUCAAGUAUACCCGAGCUGGUUCACUACUACUGCACACACAGACUGCCUUUUACUGGAGCAGAGCACAUGACCCUGCAGCAUCCUGUGUCCCGGACACACUGAACAUCUAGGCCUGCUUAAAGGACAGUUCCAAACAUGUAUUACACAUUUAUGCAUACAGAAAACAAAUUGACUUGUUGAUACAUGUGUAAGAACGCACUAAAGAUAUGCUGCUUUUGGAUUAUACUGCGUACUACAUUAAUAAGUGGAUAUGUAUGGAUCUCCUCCAUGCGCAACCUUGGCCUAGGUCAUUGGUUCCCAACCUGGGGUCCAGGCACACCUAGGGGGAGUGCGGGACCCUCUCUGCUCUGAGGUUGUCAAAAUUGGAUGUACAUACAAUAUAUAUACACAGUGCUUAACAAAUUUAUUAGACCACCUGUCAUAUUUGUCUCAAAGACCAUCCAGCAUCAUUAAGUGCUUUAA